UAUACCGCUGCUCCGUACUGUAUUAUUGACAUUUUGUCGUUAAUACAGUAUAAUAAAGAUUAAAGACUACCUACGAGAAAUUUUCUUCUUCAGUCAUCGUUAAUUUUGACGAAAAUAAUAACGAGUGAAAAAGUAUAUAUAGGGUAUAAAAUAUAGGUAGCAGUAACUUGUAAUCACCUAAUUCUUCCAAUUGAUCGCCAUCAUGAAGUACGUCGUGCCAAAAGUUGCCAGCAGUGCGAAUGAAAUCGAGAAUGGAUCGAAUGAAAAAAAUUUUCCAAAUCCAGGUCUUGGUAUACGACAUUUGCAGAGUUUACUGUUAUUUUUAUGUGUCUUUUGCGGAUAUCUUCAAAGAGUAAAUCUGUCUGUUACCAUCGUAGCUAUGACCAAGUUCAAAGAUACAGAAGAGAAACAAAUUCGUGGAUUUCCUACUUACGAAUGGGAUAAUGAUAUCUGCAGUUAUUUGCAUGCUGCUUUUUUCCUCGGUUACUUCGUUAUGAAUUUUCCUGCGGCUUGUUUGGGGGUGCAUUUCAACGUGAAAAGGCUACUUUUGGUAACAUUCGUGGUGAAUGGAGUUCUAUCUUGUCUUACUCCACUUCUGAUUAAUUUCCAUUACACUGGAUCGAAUGAAAUGUUGUUACAAUUCAAGUCUUGGGCUGGGAUUGGAAACUGGAGAGCUUUGAUCGUGCUUCGAGCUGUACAAGGAAUACUUCAAGCAUUCAUGUUUCCGACAAUUCACGCCAUAAGUGCUAAAUGGGCUCCUCCCAACGAACGUAGUCGAUUAGUAGGAUUCAUCUUGAGUGGUAUUCCAUUUGGAACAAUGGUCACAUUGGCUGGUUCUGGACUCUUGGCUAGUAAUCCAUAUUUGGGGUGGCCUUCGGUAUUCUACGUUAGUGGAGCUUCUGGGCUUAUAUGGUCACUGUUUUGGGCAUGGUUUGGUUCCAGUAGUCCGGCAACGCAUUCGGCUAUUUCAUCUGAAGAGUAUAAUUACAUUACCAGUAAACUGCCGCCGGAAAAAACAGAGAAAAAAGUCCCAUGGUUCAAUAUUCUGACAAGUGUCCACGUGUGGGCCAUCAUUGUCGCCCAUACCGCUCACAAUUGGGGCUUUUGGUUACUUUUAUCCGAAAUGCCAACCUUCUUACACGCAGUUUCCGGCUUCAACAUAAAAUCAGAUGGAUUACUCUCUUCUAUGCCUUACGUAACCAUGUGGUUAUUACAAUUCCCCGUCAUGUGGAUCGCAGACAGACUGAAUAAAAGAGGCGUUACAUCGAUAACAGCUUCGAGAAAAAUUUGGACUUCCAUAGGUCAAUGGGGAGGAGCAAUCAGUUUAGUAGCUUUAGGAUACUUGGACAGCAACACAACUGCAGCUGUAGCUCUUUACGUAGUUUCUGUUGGAAUUGGAUGCUGCUGUAAUGUAGGCUUCAACGUCAAUCAUAUGGAUCUAACUUCAAACUACGCUGGUAUCCUGAUGGGCUUAUCUAACGCCUUCGGAGCCACAGGUGGUUUCGGAGCUCCACUUAUUGUCAGCAUUUUUGUAGAGGAUGUUAGCUCAGUCAGCGAAUGGCGAAUUGUCUUUUACAUCGGAGCAGGUAUUUUAUUCUUUGGCAAUUUAUUCUUCGCGAUAUUUGCCUCCGGCAAGACUCAAUCGUGGAAUAAUAAAUACACAAAUAUCCAAACAUGAAUCUUUUAGUUUAAGUAUUGCUGUGUUCAUUUUGUAUCUUAUUUCGUAUUGAAUAAAAAUUCUCAUUUUUAGUCAAA